UGGGAACAGCAUCACCACCCAGCACUACAUUGAUCAAUCAAUCCUCAUCCAUAUUGCCAGGAGAUGGAAAUCACGGACUAUAUCUUUUCUCACCGGGAGGAGACCCUUCUCACCGGUAAUUAUAAUGCUUACCAUGCAUACACAAGCCGGAAGCUGCACAAACUCCAAAAGCGGCUUGGACAGACUACCCCCAAAGGUCGGAAAUACACAGCCAAACCUGCCGUCAGCGCAGAGGAUGUGAGCAAAAAUGUGGAAUAUGUACAUGUCCUCCUCACCAGCGCCGAACGAGCAUGGGCGCAAGCGAUGCACGAGAAGACCACGCAUUCGGCGGAUCCGUCAGCAAAAGGGAUUGUCGGUGCCGCCAGAAGUCAUAUUGUUGCGCGACUCAACAGAGCAACCACUUAUGCGAAGCACUUGGUUACAAUUCUAGAGGACCAGGCCACUUCGGGCGCCACUGACAUUGAUAUCCUGGAAGCACGUGCAUACCUAGCAUCGCUUUCAGGAGCAAUGUUCUUGGAAAAGCGCAAGUGGGAACAUUGUCUUCGGAGCUAUGCUAUCGCUCGGGUGAUCUAUGUAGCUCUAGGCCAGCAGGUGAAGAAGGAUGCUUUCCGUGACCUGCUCUCUGGCACUGUCGACCCCAGUAUAAGAUACGCCGCAUAUCAGAUGAAGCUCCCUCGGUCUAAGCCUCUCCCUUCCCUGGCGAUCAGCUAUUUUCCCUCCGACGCUACUAUCAGAUCUGAAGUCGAGAAGGUUGCUCCUAAUUGCUUAAAAGAGGAGGCUGCCGGAACACGGAGGACUGCCGACGGGGAGGUGCAGCAACUUCCCGAGAACAUCACCUGGAGGUCGCGGACGGUCGCACUCGAAGAUGCCACUAUCUCGCAGGCCCUCGCAUCUGCAGCUGCAGCGGAGUCUCGUCUCGCCGCUUGGCUCGCAGAGACCGCCGGUCAAUCUGCUUCGUCGAAGGAGAAGGCCGCUGCAUAUGACAGUGUAAUCAUUGCCAGUCAAGACGCCGUGGAUGCCACGAAGACUGCCAUCGAUGAUCUGGCGUCUGAGGGUGUGGAUCCGAGCGAUAAUCGGAUGCAGGCGCUACAGAUUACACGAACUGCAGUGAACUAUGGUUUGGUGGGAUGGAGAAUUGGGCGUAAUCGCGUCCUGUGCGGAGAAAAUGAUGGUGUCUCCUUCGAAGCAGGCCCCACCAAGCGGUUCAAGAAUGCUAAGGGUUCUGGACAAGUGGAGGAAACAAUUGGCAAGAAAUUGGGGCGGCUGCGUGAGAGGGUCGUACUCUAUGACUCCACACUGCAGAGUAUUGACUUCAUUCUCGAACUGCCUGGAGUUGCCGCAGACACGGCGUUCGUUGCCGAGCUACAAGCCAAGCGAAGUUACUUCCGUGCUUUGAGAUGCCUGACCAUCGGCCGCUCCCACGGCAUUCUUGGAAAACCCGCCAAUGCUCUGGCUCUGUUCUCACAAGCCUUGUCCUUUGUCACGAAGUCCGCUGAACCUCUCCAGGCUUCAAUCAGCGCGGAAGGUCCGCCCAAGCUGGAUAUCUCACGCAGCCAAGUUUCCACCCUAGGUUCAACUUUGCAAGGCUUGGUUGCUCAAUACCGUGGCCUUGUCACUGUGGAGAAGCUUUCUGUCGAGGCGCAUGAGAGGUCAAUCAACCAGCGCCCCGUGAUUGAGCGUUUGCAUGAAUUUUCCGGCGAUGCAGUUGACCUGAAGAAUGUCGUUCCGUUUCCGCCGCAGAUGCAGCCAGUUCCGGUCAAGCCUUUGUUCUUGGAUGUAGCGUGGAACUACAUUGACUACCCCCGUCAAGGUACGGCGGCCCAGGUCAAGCCUCAAGUCCAAGAGGAAACGGCUACAGAGGAAAAGAAUGGCGGGCGACGCGGCUGGUUCGGGUUCGGCCGGUAGAGCGGUAGGGCCGCAGCUGACAUGGGGGACACUAUUUGAACUACAGCUUCGUAAUAUCUUAGCCGAAAUAAAUACGAUGUGAUGACUUGUUGCG